AUGUCGCUCGUGUCCGGCGAGAAGACGAACUUCCAGUACAUCUUGCGUCUGCUCAACACCAAUGUUGACGGCAAGCAGAAGAUUAUGUACGCCUUGACCCAGAUCAAGGGUGUCGGUCGCCGUUACUCCAACUUGGUCUGCAAGAAGGCUGAUGUUGACCUCAACAAGCGCGCCGGUGAGCUUACCACCGAAGAGCUUGAGCGUGUCGUCACCAUCCUCCAGAACCCUACCCAGUACAAGAUCCCCACCUGGUUCCUGAACAGACAGCGCGACAUCACCGAUGGCAAGGACUCCCAGGUUGUCUCCAACAACUUGGACAGCAAGAUGCGUGAGGAUCUCGAGCGCCUGAAGAAGAUCCGCUCCCACCGUGGUCUCCGUCACUACUGGGGUCUCCGUGUCCGUGGACAGCACACCAAGACCACCGGUCGCCGUGGCCGCACCGUCGGUGUCAGCAAGAAGAAGGGCUAA